AUGGGGGAUUCAGAAAUUGAAAUUCAGUUACAAUUCGCCCCCCAAAACAAGAGGGAAAAAGGAGGCAACGAGGAACUUCAUAGUACAAGUGUACUGCGAAGGCAAAAGUUCAGCUUGCUGCAACUAGUAAGUAUUCAGGGUCAACUGGUCUGGAAAAUCACAGGUAGUAUUACUAGUGUUGAGUACCGCCAGGAAUCCUUCGUCAACACGUGCUUAGAUCACCUGACUGACAAUCACAUGAGCCCCUCAAGGCCAAGCCAGUUAGCAGAAGUUGACCUCUCCUCGGCUUCUCCGUGCGAUGAAAUUUUCGAGUCAGCUGCGUGGAAUCGGCAUGUCACUGACUACUACUAUAACGUGGAGCUGCACGGAUAUUCUGCGAGCCAAUCCUCGCCUUCCCUGAGGUGA